UCCGAUGACGGAAAAAAUUUGUAGUCAUUAUCAGAAAAUGUGUAUCGGGUUGCUGGAAAUGGACAUGGAUUCGAAGAAUGUUGGAAAGGGACUGACGGCGCUCGUGGUUGAAGACAGCCCCAUUUUGCAGCUGGUCCACAAGACGCUGCUGAAGAAGUACGGAGUGGAAGUUCAGGUGGUCAACAACGGCGAGGAGGCGGUGGUGCUCCACCGCUCCGGCGCCCGCUUCGACCUCCUGCUCAUGGACAAGGAAAUGCCCAUCAAGGAUGGCGUCAAUGCAACCAAGGAGCUCCGUGAAAUGGGGGUGAAGAGCAUGAUAGUUGGCGCGACUUCGCACGGGCCAGGUCCGGUGAGGGACGAGUUUCUGGCUGCCGGACUGGAUGAGUGUCUGGUGAAGCCGCUGCGUGCAGAAGUGGUUCUGGGCGUCAUUAACAAACUUGUUGCCUAAAAUGAGUUUGAUUUGAAGAGUAUUUUCCUAUCUUAUUAUGCCUUAGUGUGCUUAGCUGCAAAUUGGGAAAAUACUAGUGUGUGUUCAGCUUGAUUGGUAGUUUCUGUGUAACUCCAAUUAUAAUAAUAAAUGACAUAGUCAUAUGUGAUUGGUU